CACACACACACACACGCGUAGAUAAUGCUGUGUGUGUGUGUGCGGUGCGUCAAAAGGCAAUGUACCUGAACAUGCGCAGCGCCCAAUUAAGAGCGGCGUCUUGACGAUACUUUUGAGGCCGAAUAGAGUCUAGAAUUAAGACCAAAUGCCAUCUCGGCCGAUCGCGUAAAGGUAGGCACAAGCCAUACACUACAAGAAUGGGAAGUGUUAAUAUCUCACACCAACCACUACCACAUCGCCAAGAUGGUGCUCAACGAUUUAGGGAAACGCAUCAAUGCAGCAUUCUCAGAACUCUCUCGGGUACCCGUAGUGGAUGAUGCUGCUGUUGAUGCUCUAUUGAAAAACGUCUGUGCUGCCUUAUUGGAAAGUGAUGUAAACGUUCGAUUGGUUCAAGGAUUACGCAAUAAUGUUCGAUCAAACGUCAAAGAACAACUCAAUGAUGGCGAAAAAGCAUCAAGGUUAUCAGAAGGACAAAGACGAAAUAUCGUUCAAAAGGCUGUAUUCGACCAUCUUGUACAAUUGAUCGAUCCAGGCGUGGAACCAUUCAAACCAAAGAAAGGAAAGCCAAAUGUGAUCAUGUUUGUCGGUCUACAAGGAUCAGGUAAAACUACAUCUUGUACAAAAUUGGCAAAUUAUUAUAACAAAAGAGGAUUCAAGACUGGUCUUGUUUGUGCUGAUACCUUUCGUGCCGGUGCUUUCGAUCAAUUGAAACAAAAUGCAGCAAAAGUCAACUUACCAUUCUAUGGAUCUCAUACAGAAACUGAUCCAGUUGCUAUUGCUGCCGCAGGUGUUGCUUCAUUCAAACAAGCAAAGUUCGAAGUAAUAAUUGUUGAUACAUCCGGUAGACAUAAACAAGAAGGAGAGCUAUUUCGUGAAAUGGUGGAAAUCGGAGAAGCAGUUGAACCUGAUCAAACAAUCAUGGUAUUAGAUGCAAGUAUCGGUCAAGCAGCUGAAGGUCAAAGUAGAGCGUUCAAAGAAGCUGCUGGAUAUGGUGGUAUCUUUGUUACCAAACUUGAUGGUCAUGCAAAAGGUGGAGGUGCAAUCUCAGCAGUAGCAGCAACAAAGACGCCAAUCUUGUUUAUCGGUUUAGGUGAACAUAUGACAGAUAUUGAAGUGUUUAGACCGCAACCUUUUAUCAGUCGUAUGUUGGGAAUGGGUGAUAUUUCUGGCUUGAUGGAUAAAGUACAAGAAGUGGAAAUGGCAAAUCCAGAAAGACAACAAGAAAUGCUCAAAAAGAUCGAAGAAGGAGGAACAUUCAGCAUUCGAGAUUGGCGUGAACAAUUGGGAAAUAUAAUGAGCAUGGGACCUUUGUCUAAAUUGGCAGGCAUGAUACCCGGCGUUGGCCAAAUGCUAGCAGGAGCAGGAGGAGGGAAUGAUGAAGAGAGCGGUAAUAAGAUGAAAAGAAUGAUCUACAUCACCGACAGUAUGACAAGAGAGGAGCUUGAUUCGGUUGGAAGUUUAUUCUUUGCACCCGUAAAGACGAAAGCCAUUCGAGCAGAACAAGAAAAGCAGUUGGCUUUGCACGAGGCUGAAGGUUCCAAAAAAGAAGGAAAGAAGCCAAAAGUCAAAGUGCCAGUCCGUAUGACAGCAAGAGCACGACGGGUAGCAAAAGGAAGCGGAACAAGCGUACGAGAAGUUGAAGAAUUUUUGAUGCAAUACCGAAUGGUAUCACGUAUGGUGAAAUCCAUGGGUGGUAAAGCAGGAUGGAUGAAAAAGAUGCAAGGGGGAGCUGGAGCUGGACGCGGAAGAGGCGGAAUGCCAGCUCCCGGUCAAUUGCCCCCGGGAAUGUCAAGAGAUCAAGUUGCACAAAUGCAAAAUAUGUUACCGCCAGAAAUCAAAGCACAACUGAGACAACCUGGAGGAAGAGAGAAAUUAUUGCAACAGCUACAAUCCGGUAAUAUGCCUCCAGAGAUGGCCAGUAUGAUGGGAGGUAUGGGGGGAGGAAUGCCAAAUUUGGGUGGAUUAGGAGGAUUGGCGAAUAUGAUGGGAGGUGCAGGUGGAAUGGGUGGAUUACAAAAUAUGAUGGCCAGUAUGAUGGGAGGAGGCGGAGGCGGUAACCAGCAGAGAUAGAAAUAAGAUUAUGUAAGAUACAAUCAUACGAAUCGCAUGAGCAGCCUUGAUCUGCAAUAGCGAGUUGUUCAUUGUCUAGAUCUCAAGAGAAGAUUUUGCGUUACAGAUUGUGAUUGACGAGGACACGCAUCCCCGGCUUUGUUCGGAAAAGCGGCUUUUGGAACUAUCCG